GGAGCCCGUGACGUCAGCCGGGAUCCUCUUCCGGUUCUGGUGGAGUGAGGCGGGCGUCCUUGGGCCGCUGGGGAGCGUCGACAUGCUGCGGAACGUGCUGGCCCUUCGCCAGCUGAGCCAGAGGACCAUAAGCACCGCCUCCCGCAGACAGUUUGAAAACAAGGUUCGAGAGAAGCAAAAACUAUUCCAGGAGGACAACGGGAUUCCCGUGCACCUCAAAGGCGGAGUGGCUGACGCCUUGCUAUACCGAGCCACAAUGGUCCUUACUGUUGGGGGAACAAUUUAUGCUCUCUAUCUGCUGGGGGUAGCUUCCAUGCCCAAGAAACAGAGUUGAGAGACGUUUACCUCCCGGGAGCCCCGUCCCACGCACCUGUCCAGGGAUCAGUCGUCUGGGAUAAUGAGCCGAAUUCACGUUCGGGAUCAAUAUUUAUUCAUCUGUACCAGCCGAAAAUGAAAUAAAGCGGGUUUUACCUUG